AUGGCCGAUCAGGGGUCUAGCGCUCCCGCCGCCGAGGGCAGGCCUCGCCUCUCACUGGCGACGCCAAACAACGAAAACUCCUCGGCAUCUCCUCCCAUUCAGAUCCUCCCCGUCUCCUCGUCUCCAGCACCACUCCGGCCCGCCUUAGGGCCAAGGCCCAACGCCGGUGCACGUCCGCCCCGCCUCGGCCUCGCCAUUCCGUCCUCCAACAGCGUUAAGCCCGUUGGCGCCCCCCUCCCCCAGCUUCAGCCUGUCGGCCGACCCCAGCUGCCCGUGCUGCACCUCGCAACGCCCAUGGGUAGCCAGGGCAUCCCGCACGAACAAGCCCCUGGUCGUGGCCAGUCUCUCCAGAGCGCUUCGGGCGGCAGCGAGAGCAGCGCAGCCCACAGUCGGUCGGGUAGCUUCGGCCCACUGGACGGCCGCGCUAGCAACCCAACGUCCGCCGGUUCCCAGUACUCCGUGCUCUCCUUUGCCAGCCAGUACGGCAUUGGUUCUAGUCGCCCGCAUGGCACGCCGGACCCCGUGUCGGCCGUCGGCUCGAUCUACUCUGAGAUUAGCGAGGGCGGCGUCGGUAUGGAGCGGGAAGGCAGCAUGACCGGCCUGGAGGCGUUUGACCAGCAGGCCCUGGAGAAGGCGCGUACGUUGGACGUGGAAGACCUCGACGACGAGGGCUGGCGCAUUGCGAGUAUGGAGAAACGAAUCAUCGAACUCGGCAGCCUGGGCGAGGGCGCCGGUGGCGCCGUCACGCGUGCGCAGCUCAAGGGCGGCAAGUCCAUCUUUGCGCUCAAGGUGAUUACGACGAACCCAGACCCAGACGUCAAGAAGCAGAUUGUGCGCGAGCUGGGCUUCAACAAGGAGUGCGCUUCCGAGCACAUCUGCCGCUACUACGGUGCUUUUGUCGACCCGGCCACUGCGACAAUCUCCAUCGCCAUGGAAUUCUGUGAGGGCGGCUCUCUCGACAGCAUCUACCGCGAGGUUAAGCGCCUCGGCGGCCGCACGGGAGAGAAGGUCUUGGGCAAGAUUGCCGAGGGCGUUUUGCACGGCCUGACGUAUCUGCACUCAAAGAAGAUUAUCCACCGUGACAUCAAGCCCUCCAACAUUCUGCUGUGCCGCACCGGCGAGGUCAAGCUGUGCGACUUUGGCGUGUCCGGUGACUUUGGAACCAAAGGCGAGGCCAACACCUUUAUUGGCACCAGCUAUUACAUGGCGCCGGAGCGUAUCACCGGCCAGACAUACACCAUCACCUCGGACGUGUGGUCGACGGGUGUCACGUUGCUGGAGGUCGCCCAGCACCGCUUCCCCUUCCCGGCCGACGGCACAGAGAUGCAGCCUCGGGCUGGCUUAAUCGAUCUGCUGACCUACAUUGUCCGUCAACCCAUUCCCAAGCUCAAGGACGAGCCUGACGCGAACAUUGUUUGGAGUGAGAAUUUCAAAUACUUUAUCGAGUGCUGCCUCGAAAAGGACCCCAACCGCAGAGCCACGCCGUGGCGAAUGCUCGACCACCCGUGGGUGAAGGAGAUGAGCGGCAAGCGCGUCAAUAUGAGCCGUUUCCUGUCCAAGGUCUGGGGCUGGGACGAGGAGCCGAGUCAGGCGGCCGACGGCGGCACGCUUGCGGGCGGCACCCUCGCCAGCGCCAUCAAUUCGUUGAACUUGAACUAG